UUGAAUCUAUCAUCAUUCUUCCUAUUCUUCUUUGAUCUCUUCAUUCAACAACUCAAGAAUGUCUUCUAGUGGGAAUAUAGUAGUAUGGUUGAUUUUGUUGGUAUCAAAGUUUAUUAUGAUUUCAAUGAUAGAAGGGGAACCACAAGUGCCAUGUUACUUCAUAUUUGGAGACUCCGUGGUUGAUAAUGGGAAUAACAAUGACCUUAUAACAACAGCCAAGGCCAAUUAUUUUCCUUAUGGCAUUGAUUUUCCCACUGGUCCUAAAAAUGGAAGAUUCACCAAUGGCCGCAAUAAAGCUGACUUUCUAGCUGAACUUAUAGGAUUUGACAAUUUCAUCCCACCAUUUGCAAUUGCAAGAGGCCCAGAAAUUCUUAAAGGUGUCAAUUAUGCAUCAGGAGCUGCUGGAAUUCGUGAUGAGACUGGCUAUCGAUUGGGUGAUCGGAUCAGCAUGAACAGGCAACUAUUGAACCAUCAAGUCACAAUAUUAAGAAUUAAUUCCAUACUUAGAAAUGUUACUGCAGCUAAAAGUCUCUUAAACAAAUGCCUCUACACUGUUGAUAUGGGCAACAAUGAUUACCUCAACAAUUAUUUACAGCCCAAAUAUUACCCAAGUAGUCUUUUGUAUACACCAGAAAAGUUUGCAGAUGUCCUUGCUCAGCAAUUUUCAAGACAACUAAAGACUUUGUAUGGCUAUGGAGCAAGGAAGGUGGCUGUAUCAAAUAUUGGUCUAUUAGGUUGCUUGCCAGAGGAGACAAGAGUAUUUGGAAGAAAUGCAUCUGGAUGUGUUGAUUUUAUAAAUAACUAUGUGCAGCUAUUUAAUGACAAACUCAAGCCUCUCAUUGAUGAUUUGAACACUAAUCUUUCUGGUGCAAGGUUCACUUACAUAAAUAUUACUAGCAUUUCAUUAGGGGGUCCAGCCAAUGAUUUUACAGUUUUUGACAAACCAUGCUGUAUAGUAUCAGACGCAAUAGCUAAAGGACAGUGCAAAGAAGGUGAAAUCCCAUGCAGCAAUAGGAAUCAAUAUAUUUUCUAUGAUAAUUUUCAUCCAACAGAAGUUGCAAAUCUGGCCACUGCUAAAAGAUCAUACAAUGCUUUUCUACCAACUGAUGCACAUCCAAUGGACAUCAGCCAGCUGAUACAAACCCAAUAAUAAUAAUUCAUUUACAACAAGACUGUUGGUUACACAAAAUACUAAUAAAUAGUUGACUGGUAUUAAUGCAGUUGUUGGGGGAAAUUUGACACAAUAAAAUGAUAUAAAUUU